AUGUCCAGCCCCCGUGUCGCAUGGGUAGGCCUCGGCAACAUCGGCCGAGGCAUGAGCCUGAACAUCGCCGAAAGAGGCCCUCAAUCAGGCCCUCUCCUCCUGUACAACCGCACGACAUCCCGCGCAACCACUCACGCCACUAAACUCGGCCAGAAAUCCGCAGUCGCAGACACCCUCACAGAAGCAGUAUCCCGGUCCGACCUCAUCUUCACCUGUGUUGGCGACGACGCAGCCCUCGACGCCAUUGUCGCCGCCAUCCUAGACGACAAGGCUCUCCCACAGGAUCUGAGCUCGAAGACCUUCGUCGACUGCUCGACCGUGCACCCUGAUACGUCACGCAAGACGGAGGCGUUGUUUGCCGCGCGGGGCGCGGGCUUCGUUGCGUGUCCUGUGUUCGGGGCGCCGAAUAUGGCCGACGCCGGACAGCUGAUUGUUGUUCCUGCUGGGAAACAGGCUGCGAUUGAGAAGGCGCGGCCGUUUUUCGAUGGCGUCGUUGCUAAGAAGACGAUUGAUCUUUCCGGUGGGAGUGGGGAGGAUAUUGAUGUUGGGCGGGCUUCUAUGCUUAAGGUUCUUGGGAAUACGUUUAUCUUGAAUACCGUUGGGGUGUUGGCUGAGUCGCUUGUUGCGGCUGAGGCAUCUGGAUUGGGGGUUGGACCGUUGAAGGAGUGGUUGGGAUUGUUUGCGCCGGGGCCUUUUGCGAAUUAUGCGGAGAGGAUGACGAGUGGGGAUUAUUAUACGCGGGAGGAGCCGCUCUUUGCGGUUGAUCUUGCGCGGAAGGAUUUAAGACAUGCUUCUGGGAUUGCUAAGGAGGGUGGAAUGACCAUGAGGAAUGUUGAGGUUACAGAUUCUUUGUUGAGGGAUGUUAAGGAGGAGAAGGGGGAGAAGGGGGAUAUCGCGGCUGUUUAUGGUGCUGUUAGGAAGGGCGCAGGUAUGGAGUUUGGGAAUCAGUGA